AUUCGCCAUAAUCCUAUUUAAGCUUAAAGAGAAAUGUAAUAAUUCUCAAAUAAGAUAAGAUAACGACUAUUUUAUCUAGUUUUAUGGUCGUAUACAUCCUUAUUUUUAAUAAAAUUAGUUGAUUUUCAACGCCGUGACUAGAAGAACAAUACUGUGUUGAGAUGAAAAUACUGCUUUAUGUUACGUUCUUAUUGAUUUUAAUUCGCAGUUGUCGAGUUUGUUUUGGUCGUUCAGAAACAAAUGAGAGCUCGUGUUCUUGGCAAAAGAAAGUUGGAUUAGUUACAACGCAGCUGCCGAGUGAAAACGUACGUUAUAGAUAUGCGGUAAAUAAUGGAAGAUAUUCAGUCAGUUACGUAUUGGAAAAAUUCGCAUCAUCAAUACAGUUAGGUUUCAAUUAUUGGAUAAAACACGGGAAUGUAAGUGUAGUUAUUGAAAGUGACGAGUAUCUGUUACACAACGUUGAGCAGGAAAAAUGGUCUUCGUAUGAAGAACAAUUCAGCAAUUUAACAGCAUCUAGUCAGAUUUUAAUUAUUGCACAUUUAGAUGAUGAAGGUGUGUUCGCUUUGACGGAAUUACAAAUAAAAAUCAACAGCAACGAAAAUAUAACCGAAUUUUUAUGUGCGAGCUUCAACGGUUGUAGUCUGUGGAAAUAUGAAGGCUUCCGGAGGAAUAUUUAUCAUCCUUAUUUCGUUCUCGGAAAUGAUACGAGAGUUGAAGCAUUUACAAACACAAGAGGAAGACACGAAGUUCUAAGUUUAAGAAAUGAAAGAGAAAAAGAACAAGAAUUAAAUAUUACUUAUUAUAUUAAUGGAUGUAGCCAUAAGAAAGCUGAAUUAGUUUUGUUUUGUCAACUAGAAAAUGGCAAAAUUAUUGAAAUUUGGAAAGAUGAAACUUUCGAACCAGAAUGGAAAAAUUUACUCAUAAAUACAGAGUCAUAUUUAAGGCCUUAUCUCGAUUAUUCAAUAAUUAUUCAAGCUAAUACUGACGAAGACACGUUAAUUGCUUUAUCAUCACUUCAUUGUAACACAAAAGAAUAUUUACCAUCUAUGAGUUACGCAUAUAAAAUUCAAUCUGCUUUGAAUUUUUCUAAUGCCAAUUGGAUGCUGGAGACGGACUCAGGAUGGCAUCAUCACGAUUCAGAUGAAGGAUGGUAUCUAUACUUAUGUAGCGAGGACAAACAAGCUGUGUUUAGAAGUUGGUGGAUGGUGCCUAAAAAAGAAAAUUUUGUCCGUAUGAAAUAUAGGAAAAGAGGAAGAGGCGAAACGAAAAUAGCAAUUUAUUUGAAGAAGGAAAAUAACCAAAAACGCAUAUUGAAAAGACUGAUUGUAGUUAAUUCUGAAUGGGAAAUUUUGACUAUCCCCUUUUCAAUUGAAAAAGAUUUUUACAUCUCGAUUAAAGGAACUGUGAAUGGUGAAGAUACUCAACUGCAUCUUACUCAAUUAUCAGUAAAUGAUCCUUGCCAUCUCGAUCCCUGUCAAAACGGAAAAUGCAUCGUGAAUAAUGAAACGAACUUUGAAUGCCAAUGCGAUUUUGGAUAUAUCGGGAUAACGUGUGAAUUAAUUGAUUGGUGUUCUAUAAACUAUCAAAAUAUCAGCGGUUAUGACUUUUGUCGAGAAAGAAAUGCAUCGUGUAGGAAUGUGAUAGAUGCGGACACCUUUACCUGCGCUUGCCAUGAAAAAUUACAAUAUUUUAACUUAGAUGAGGGUUGUACAGAUUUAGAUCUAUGCGAAUUAAACGAAUGUGGAUCGCAUGCAAUAUGUAAAAAUAAUUCGUGUUUCUGUAAAGAACAUUACGAAUCAGAAAUGAUAGAAAAUAGGUUAUUUUGUAAGCCUAUUAAUUAUUGCCUUAGAAAGGUUUGCGGUGAAGCAAAAUGCCUCCCUGGAGACGAAGAUCGACCAGAAGAGUAUAAAUGUUAUUGCGAUUCUGGUUUUGUUUAUAGAAAUAAAAAGUGUGAAAAUAAUAUGUGUAAUUUUCCAUCAUUCAAUCAAUGCGAACAACAAUGUUUAGUAAUCAAUGAUCAUUACCAAUGUUCCUGUGGUAAUGGGUUUGAUUUAGUAAACAAUUCAACAUGUGCUAUUUCAGACAGAUGGAUACUGAACAACGAUACUAAAAUAUAUGAAAACGGUAUCUGUGUUAUGAAUCUUUCUACAAAUACUACCUCUUGUAUAUGUAAAAAUGGUUAUGUUUAUGAAGACGGAAAAUGCAUCGAUUACUGUUCCUUCAAUAACGGUAGUGUAGCAAAGAAUCUUUGCCCAUCAGGGAAAUGCGUUAAGGAUGCGAAAAAUAUAUACAAAUGUUUAUGCGAAGGAGAAUACAAACUUUCUGAAGAUGGGGUAACUUGCGCUUUAAGAAAUUGGUGUAAAGAAAACGAAGAAGGAUAUUUAUACUGCAAAAAGAACAAUGCGAAAUGUGAAGUUAGAGACAAAUUUUAUAGAUGUUUUUGUCCUCCUGGCACUGAAGAAAACGAAAAUGGAAUUUGUACAAGUAAACCUAUUUUGAUAUUUAUAUAUAUAAAAGCUAAAAUCUACAAUUGAC